UAUUGAAAUGACAUGACACGCAAAAGGGUCGGAUCGAAGACUCUGUAACGACAUGAUACCAUCGCCGUGAAGAUACAGAAUAAGUACUCCUGAAACGGCGGUACAAUACAACAUUGAUAGUUGGCCGCGCAACUUAGGUCCCAAGAAACCACUGCGUCCACCAGCCUCGUCCAUCACAGCGGACAAUUGCACGACGGCAUCCUUAACACAAAAGCAUCUGCAAAACCUGUAUCUGUUCACGCCUCCAAAAGAUCGUAAUACAUCUUAUGCAAAAUCAUGCAGCAGCGUAAGAAUCAUCGGGGACGUCAUCGAAAGCUUCAAGAAAUUCAAAACAUUUAUGUUGUUAACAGCGUACACGCUUGGGAGAUCGCAGGUGGCUUGGAGUCCUUUAGGCUUCAAGCGUUCUGCGACUUUGCGUGUUCCACUGGUUGAAAGUCAGCGGCUGGCAAAUCAUUUGACGAAUCCUCCACACCACUGGUUGUCGCGGAAAUCGAUUUUGCUUAACUCAUGGUAUCUUGGCUUGGGGCUCACACCAGUCCCAACGUUUUGCAUAUAAAUUCAACUUAACUCGGCACAUUUUGCUUUUUUACCUCCGCUCUCUCUCGGCAUCCGUAAGCGUUAUUGGACGAAGUAUGGGGUGGUGUUGUUUCAUCGUUUUGAUUUCAGCAAGUUAGUUACCUCCUUCGUGCUUUUGCUUUUGCUUCCGAAUCCCUCAAAUAUCCCCUUGCAUCCGUUUGUCCUUUU